GUCAGCAGUCCUCCGGUCUCACACAUGGGAUCGGUGAUCGGUCUGUCCGCCUCCUGCAGCCCGGUCAGGCACCGCCGCACGCGCCCACAACACGUCCCGCGCCGAUUAUUGUUUUUAUUCCAGCAGACAGGGUUUUAUUCUAAGGGCUGUGAUCAUUUUAUAAUCUGAGUGUUUCCAUGUAGCUGCAGAGCCGAGGACUCCACCAACUACAUUCACACUUUUCCUUCCCCACAUUUCCUUUUGGUUUUAUUUCUUCUUCUUCUUCACUUGUGUUUUUUCGGACCCCGGCUCGCCCGAUGCAAGGAGGCGUGAUGGAGAAAAUGUCCCGACAUCCCAUCCCGCUCAAUCCAAGUUUUCUGCCCUCAGCGACGCACGGAGUGCUCAAGUCUCUGCUGGAGAACCCGAUGAAGCUGCCGCUGCAUCAUGAAGCUUUCAGCAAGGAGCAGGAGAAGGAGAAGAACCUUGAGGAGGAGCGCAGCGCCCCCCAGUCAGCCUUCCUCGGCCCCACGCUGUGGGACAAGACUCUGCCGUACGAUGGAGACACCUUCCAGCUGGAGUACAUGGACCUGGAAGAGUUCCUGUCUGAGAACGGCAUCCCCUCCAGCCCCUCCCAGCACCACCACCAACUCAACCAGCACCAACCACACGCUCCGCCACGCCAGCCGCCAAUUAUGUCCCAAGCCGCGCCCACGUCGUCACCUUCUGUGAUGGACCUCAGCAACCACGCCUCCACCUCUGUACACACGAGUGUCGUCUCUCCAAACUGCCUGCACAGCAGCCCCGCAAGAGCAGGCCUCCCGAGCUCUAGAAACACUCCCAGCCCCAUCGACCCAGACUCCAUCCAGGUCCCUGUUGGGUACGAGCCCGACCCGGCCGACCUGGCUCUGUCCAGUGUGCCAGGUCAGGAGAUGUUCGACCCGCGCAAACGCAAGUUCUCGGCCGAGGAGCUGAAACCACAGCCCAUGAUCAAGAAAGCUCGCAAGAUCUUCAUCCCAGAGGACCUGAAGCAGGAUGACAAAUACUGGGCCAGGCGCAGGAAGAACAACUUGGCGGCCAAACGGUCCCGGGACGCGAGGCGGCUCAAAGAGAACCAGAUCGCCAUCCGAGCCGGCUUCCUGGAGAAGGAGAACUCGGCCCUGAGGCAGGAGGUGGCCGAGCUGAGGAAAGAGCUGGGACGCACCAAAAACAUCCUGGCCAAGUACGAGGCACAGCACGGGCCGCUGUGAGGACACACAAACACACAUAUAUAUAUAUAUACAUAUACAUAUAUAUAUAGACACGUAUACACCAACACGCGCUCUGAGAAUGAUGAUCCUGCCUCCUCCUGAUCCACCAGCGACCCUCCUUUCACACUCCUGAUGGCUCCGCUCACGGUAGCUGAAGGGUUUAGAUGCAAAAAAUGUACUUUUAAAUAUAUUUCAGCUUUUCAUCCUGUCUGACAUGACGGUGGAGGUUAUACUGUGGACCAAUCAGUGCACUGUUUAUAUGAAUGUAAACAUGGAGGGAGAGAAACGAUCCGUCUGGUGUUACUCUGUGUUUCUCAGCAACACUUUGGACCUCCUCUCUGCUGUGACUCCUUCUGUUUGAAAGUGUCCAGCAGUGAGAUGCGUGAAUUUUGACGUCAUUGUUUUGCAUAAAAACAUGGCGGCAUCAAUGAAAGGAAUCGAUAAGCUCACAGGCAGACAGUUCCAAUAGAUCGGGACCAGUUUGGAUUCUUAACUGGAGCCAUGAUGAAACAAGUGGGGCGAACUGACAGUUAGUGUUCGGCUACAUCCGGCAACAAAAGCAAUUUGCGUCAACUCGAUCUUUAAAAGGCUGCUAGCUGCUAUUGACCUUGCUAGCUAGCUUUCUGCAAGCGUCUGGCGUUACUGAGUGGGUCAUUUCAUGAGCAGACGUGGAAUCCUGUCCCGUCGUCAUGCAUCUUAAAAUUUCAAAUAUGUGCGUAUGAACAGCCGCCAUCUUGCGCCCCGCAAACUGAUCAUAACAGUAGGUUCCUGCCCAGUCACGGCUGCUCUCAGACCUGUCUCUGUGGCACAGAGGACCAAAACGUCAGGCUGUAGACGCACACACGCAGAGAACUUCGUAGACACAUUCACUGUUCGUCUGAAGAUGAAGAGAAACGCAGAAUAUCACCAGAUUUAUAUUUUAGAUGACAAGAAACAAAGAAGCACAGCACUGAAGAUGACUCCACGGGUUUUAUUGUUCAUCUCUGGCACCAGAUUAUUCUCUCUGUCUGAGCCAGGAGUGUUAUCAACGUCUUUAUAACAUCCCAGCUAACACCUGUCAUCUGUUUCCAUGGUAACAGUCACCCAGCAGCUGCUUAAAGCUGCUCCUGAGCGACGGCCGUGAGUUGAGCCCAUUAUUCAGGAUUAUGAAACACACACACACACACACACACACACACACACAUACACACACACACACACGUCUCUUUGUGAAUUCUCCUCAUGGACUCCUCUUUGGGUCACUAACACUAAACUGCCGCCCCACCUGAUGUCUGACCUCUGACCCCUCCGCCUCCAGUGUACAAUAGUGGCACUUUAGAACUACCGACGCCUCGCUCUCGCCCCCCCGAGGUGUGCAGGUGUUUUCCCACACUGCACCUGUUCACAUGUACAUACCUGCCUUCGUUCUGCUCCUGAUGACUCUGUAUAUGAAUGUGGUCCGCCUCUUGCCGCUCUGCUAUUGGUCAAUCAGCGUCUCUACUGAAGUCUUUUUGGGGCCCUCAGCAGUAUUUUUAUGGAUAUUUAUGGACAGUGCAAAGGAUGUGAUGACUUUAAGAUGCACUCACUGAUUUUGAUAUAGUGUCCCAAAAUGCCAAAAGAAAUGUAUAGCUCCCCCCGAAAUGUAUUUUUUAUACCCUCAUGAUUUGUUAUAACCCAAAUUUGCCCCUAAAAUGUUUUUCUUAUAAUCAUCAAAUGUGCUGUAACAACAUCAGGGAGUGUAUCUGUUCUUACUUUAAUCAUGACAAGCAGUUCAGAGAGGAACCCAAAGAGAGUCGACACUUAAAGUUUGUUUUAGGGGCCCCUGGGGGCCCUCAGCAGCCUCUUAGUCUGGCUCAGGCUCCUGUACAGUUUCAGCUCACACUCACAGGUCUGACGAUCGGACGCCAACAGACAGACAGGUGGAUCCGAGGUGGAUCCAGACUGCAGCAACUCGUGUGAUACAUGUGACAUUUUCCCUUCAGUUCAGUAUCUUCAGUGUUUGUACAUCGACUGUAUCGACCUGUUUAUCUGUUUGUCUCAUUGCGUUGGAGACGAGCUUUAUGAACCUUUGUAAAUGUUCACUGUCCACAUGUUAAAGUCCUGAGUUUGAUGUGAUGCAGACGCUGUAGAAAUCUCAGCACUGCUGCCUCUCUGCCCGGGAGGAACUGUGGGACACGUCACAGUGAUGUAGAGAUCCAGGUUUCAUUCAUGGAUUUACAAAAUUCAGAAAAAGUAAAAAUUGGAUGAUCUUAUUUGAACAGAAUGUCUUGUAUGAAGAAGAUUAUUUCUGUGUGCAGAAAAGGUAAAAACUUGUUUAUCAAAAUGAACCAGAGUGCAGGAAAUCAAGUGUUUGAUGCUCAAAAUUUUCGGAUAGAGGACCCCCACCUAAACAAGUUGUGCAUGCAAGAUCAGUUUUUGUGCAACGAAAAGUUAAUAACUUGUGCUUGUGAAAUGAUAUCUUGUGGAAACAGGAUCAUAGAUUUUGUAUCUUGUGUGAAUAAUAACUCUUCCCUGAAGAUUCAAAAUCAUGUCUCGCAAGCUCAAAUAAAUACUUUUUGUGAACAAGGUUAUGUCUUUCAUGCACAAUACAGGAUAUCUUGUCUGAACAAGAUCGUUUAUUUUCUGUGAGAUAAUUUAUUCAAACAUUAUUGCGCAUUGAAGAUAAUAUCGUAUGUGCAAACAAGAUAAUAACUUGUGUUUGCAAAAUAAGAACAAGAUCAUAUUUUGCAUGCUCAAGAUUGUUUUUGUUCUGUGUGACAGAAUGACUUGUGAGCACAGGAUAUUUUCUUGUGUGUGUGCAAUUAUCUUCUUUUAAUCAUUUUUCAGGACCUCAGGGGGCCGCCUCCAUACGAAAAUUUAAUUUGAGUUUCUUGCUCUCAUUUUGAAAAUGUGAGUCAUGUUAGUUACUUUACUGUCCAACCAUCCUGCCGGCACAAUCAAAGUAUUUCGCUCUCACUGGUCUCGUUAACGGACAGUGGAUGUGACUGAAAACAGGAUGAGGAGGGCGUGUGCGGACAUUUCUACAGUGCUGAGCUAGUUGGCACAAACUGAACGGUUACCUGACGUGCCAGGUGGCGUCACAGCUGAUGUCACACACCCUCAUGCAACAGAGACAGUGACGAAGGAAGAUGGAUGUUGCUGUUUCCAGAACUCUGUUUUUUGGAUGUUGUUUGACAGAUGAAUCUAAUGUGUCUGUGUGUUGUGUUGAGGACAAAGUGAAAGCUGAUGAACAGCCCACAGUGCGGCUGCAGUCUGCCGUGAUACAGGAAAGGAAAAACACAAUUUGACACAACCAAGGUCUCCAGAAAACAAAAACAAGAGGCAGAUUGUCAAAAAAAGAAAAUGUGAUAUUUGAUUUCUCUCCUAAAAACCCUCUGCUUUUGUCCUUAGAGGUUUUUUAUGAGCUCAGACGUUGAAAUGUUUCUCAGACGACACAGAGUCAGUUUAAAGACUCGCUGUUGUUUGAACGGGUCUUUUUGAAAUUCCUUCAGAAACCAAACGUGUGCAAUAGAUGGUUCUUCACGGCUUUGGCAUGAACUUUUUUUUUUCUCGCGCGUAUUUCCGAAGUGUAGCUGAGCGACGAGUGCGCCCCCCGGUGGCCGAGUGAGACAUGAAUGUAUAUUUGAAACACACAGUGCGUUGGGUGAGUGUUGUCGUCUUCUACUGUGGAAUCACUUUAGUACUCUUUACUACAGACCAAAAGAUUACAGUAUAUAAAUGAUAUAUUGAUAUAUAUUAAAGGUUUUAAUGUUUAUACAGAGAUAUUGUUUUUUUGUACAGUCUGUUUUCCUACAUAGAUAUUUCCUGUGUAUUUUGGAAAGGGUUACAUGAAUAUAAGCAGUAUAUUACACAUAUAAGUAUAUUCAGAAAUAUUACCAAAAUGGCGUGCCCGACCAGUCUGGGCGAUGCAUGGGCAUUACAGAAACCCUCCGAGAUCUUUUCCUCCCAGCGUAGUUGAAAUACCUCAAACCCUCCGUCACACCUGUGCAGGUGCUACAUCAGCUGAUUCAGCUGGUGGGUUGUUUUUGCACCAGGUGCUCCGACAUACUCUCCUCCAUAUAUAUAAAUAUAUAUAUAUAUAUAUACGUAUGCUUACGUAUGUACAGUUUCAUUUGGCCCAGAGGAAUGUAUUCACCCAACCUGAAGCACUUUUUAUUUCUCUUGUUCUGUUUGUUUGCUGUGAUUUAUCUCUCUGCUUCUUCAGAGCCUGCGCAGCUCUCCUCUGUUCGUUCAAAGAUAUUUUUUCCUAUAUUUGUCCUUGAUUAUGUUCUCAUGAUCAAAAUAAUAAUAAAUAAAUAAAGGUUCAAAUCCA